ACAGAGAGAAGGGAUUGGAGCAGCUGGUAGGGGAGGGGGGUGUGCGAUGUGGGAAGGUGGUGUUGUGCUGGCAGAGAGCUGGCAUACACAGGAUGGACAAAAUGCCACGUCGGAGCAGCCCAUGGUUUGUAUUUUCGAAGCCAGGACAGAUUAAGUGACGAAAGGAGAAACCAGAUGAGGACUGCUUUAUUGAACAUUGUGGAACCAACACACUGUUAUAAAGGAUGCACUGUCAGAUAGUCCGUGCUGAGGGAGCACAGCACUAUUGGAGGGUCAGUGCUGAGGGACUGUCCCUGUCACUGGGAUAUUGUCCAGUGCAGUCCCUGCUAGGAAGCUAGUGGCCUAUGUCUCACUGUGAAAAGUGCUGGUGAGGCUCUGCAGAUUGAGGAGAAAUGCAGUGUGAAUCUUGCAGGUGCAGGGCUGUGGGUGAACCGACUGUGUGAAUUAUCACAGAGAGGCUGGCACAUAGAGUGCUGAAUUGCUGAAUCAAAGCAGCUCUAUACAGUUUUCCUGUCAGUCGGGGAAGGACAGAGCUCACAGUCGGGAGGAAGGGGAAUCCACGGUGGUUCCUGUGCCAGUACCAGUCGCGCUGAAUGUUGAAGCAGGAGCUCAAUCUGUCCCCUGGCGUUCACACCCGGAGAAAGCUGUAACGUGAGAUGUUGAGGAUGAUGCUCACUGUCUUGGCCGUUUGCCUCAGUAGCCUCCUGGAUCCAGGUGACUGUCGGCUGCUGGUCAAUACUCCCCGGCGACUGCGCGAUGAGAUCUCCGCCAGAGGUCAUCACAUUAACCACACGGUGACCAUCAAACAGCAGCCCAUUGUCUUUAACCAUGUCUACAACAUCAACGUGCCCAUGGAUUCAGUGUGUUCUGUCAGGUUGGACAGCUCCACAGAACAAAUGGAGUUCACACAGGAUGAGGACGGCAGCCAAGACAGUGAACAACAUCCGGACAGGCGGGUAGCGUUCACCCACAACAUCCAUGUCCCCAAACAGACGUGUGAUUGCCCACACUCCGACCUGCUCCAGAGCAUCCUUGACCGCCUCAAAAUGUUGGAGAGAGAGGUGUCCAUCCUGAGGCAGCAAUGCAGCACUGGCUGCUCUGGACAAAGAUCAGCUUCAGGUCGGAUUGACUAUGCCCCCAUGUGUAAUGGCCAUGGUAACUUCAGCAUGGAGACGUGUGACUGCAGCUGUGAACUUGGCUGGACAGGCAAGGGCUGCUCAGUGCAAUGCUGCCAGUCCAACUGCAGUGGGCAUGGGCUGUGUGUUGAUGGGCAAUGCCUCUGUGACCAGGGCUACACAGGGCAGGACUGCAGUGAGCUGCAAUGCCCUGGCAACUGCAGUGGACAUGGGCUCUGUGUGGAAGCCGAGUGUGUAUGUGAGGAACCGUACACUGGAGCGGACUGUGGGCAACUGAGGUGUCUCAACGGCUGCAGCCAGAACAGGCAAUGUAACCAUGGCGUGUGCUCCUGUCAAGAGGGCUACACUGGACAGGACUGUGGGCAAGUGUUUCCACCACAACAUCUCCGCGUUACCGGUGUAACGGAUCAAAGCAUUGCCCUGGAGUGGGAGAGGUCUGUAGUCAUCACUGAGUAUCUCAUCACUUACACUCCCGAUAUUGUGGAUGGGCUACAGUCAGAACUACGAGUCCCAGGAGACUGGACAGCAGCUAACAUCACAGGGCUGGAGCCUGGCACUGAAUACAGCAUUCACAUUUACGCUGUGCUGAACAGUCAGCUGAGUGUUCCCAUCAACUCACAGAUAACCACUCACUUGCCCACGCCUCAGGGUCUUACCUUCAAAUCAAUCUCUGAGACAGCGGUGGAAGUGCACUGGGAACCAUUCCAGUUUAUGUUCGAUGGCUGGGAGAUCAGCUUUAUUGCAAAGAGUAAUGAAGGUGGAAUGGUGCUUCAACUCCCCAGUACCGUCACAGCCUACAACCAGUCAGGCCUGAGGCCUGGGGAGGAAUACACAGUCAAUGUGGUCGCAAUAAAAGAGCACAGCAGGAGCGCCCCAGCUACAGCGAUGGUAUCAACACUGAUUGAUGGGCCGAAUGAGAUCAUCGUCAGAGAGGUGACUGACACUGUUGCCUUUGUUGAGUGGACCCCUCCGAGAGCCCACGUGGACUAUGUGCUGCUGUCAUAUGGACUCACCAGUGGGAUGAUUGAGAAGACUGUGCUGAAACUGCAGCCCAGCCUGAGCCAGUUCUCCCUGCAGAACUUGAGACCCGCAUCUCAGUACGAGGUGUCAGUCAUGGCCAUUCACGAUCAUGGACAGAGCCAGCCUGUAACAGCAGCCUUUACCACAGAGCUUGAUGCUCCUAGGAACCCGCAUGUGGUGAGCCCUGGGGACAGCAGGCUGGAGCUGGAAUGGGACAACAGUCAAGCAGAUGUUGACAAGUACAGGGUGGUGUACAGUACCCUGGCAGGCAGGCAGUACCAUGAACUGAUUGUGCCCGAAAACAUAGGGCCAACGAGCAAAGUCACUCUGACAGACCUAUUGCCUGGAACCGAGUAUGGGAUAGGAAUAUCAGCCAUAAAGGAGUCUAAGCAGAGUGUUCCGGCCACCAUGAACGCAAGGACUGAUCUGGACCGUCCUCUUGGCUUCACUGUGAUAGCCUCAUCCAAUCACAGCAUCUCCCUCAUGUGGACACAGAUUCGAGGCCCUGUCGAUCACUACCAGGUCAACUACAGCACAGCCAAUGGUGUCAGUUCACAGGUGACCAUUCCAAAGGGCAGUACCUCGGUGACCCUCAACAACCUGGAGCCCCACACAAAGUACAACCUGUCUAUUGUGGCAGUGCGAGGCUGGCAGCAGAGUGAUCCGUCCAUCAUCGAGGGCAUGACCGGUUACUACCCGGUGCAGGAGUUACUGUUCUCUGACAUCACGGAGAACUCUGUCAACGUGUCCUGGCAGCAGCCAACUUCUCCCACUGACAUCUUUAUCCUAAAUUAUAAUCCCCGCUCUCAUGGAGAGACAAAACAAUUGACAGUAAAUGGCAAUGAGACCCAUACAACCCUCUACAACCUCCAGCCUGGCGUAGACUAUCUCAUCACAUUGCUCGCUGUGCAGGGGACUGUCACUGCAAAGCCAGUGCUGGGAUCCUUCACUACAGCCUUGGAUCCGCCUCAGGAUAUAUCGUUCACUAAUGUUUCCGAGGACUCGGUGACAGUGGUGUGGAGCAGGCCUGUGGCUGCCUUCGAUUAUUACCGAAUGCUGUACCAGCCAGCGGCUGUCCUGCAGGGGUUGGCCAAGAGUGUGGUCAUUGAAUCGUAUCUAACCGAGUACACCCUGACUGGCUUACAGCCAGCAACUGAGUACACGGUGAAGUUAAACACAGUGCAAGGCUCUGCCGAGAGUCAGCUGAUUUCAAACACUGUUCACACAGCUAUGGACAAGCCCCAGGACGUGCGGGUUCUGAACAUGACUCCCACAGAAGCUGUGCUUGAAUGGAUUGCACCUCAGGCUGUAGUGGAAAACUAUGUCAUCCUCUUAACACAAAACCAGCUUGUUGCGAACACUGUCCAUGCUGAUGGAGAGACAACACGGUACAACCUCAGCGAACUCCAGCCGUUCACCAACUAUUCCGUCACCGUCUACGCUGUCCAAGGGUUCAUGACCAGUGUCUCAGCCUCCACCAACUUCCUCACUCCUCUAGAUCCUCCUCGAAACCUGACGGUGAGUGAGGUGACUCGGCGCAGUGCACUCAUUUCCUGGCUCCCACCUGUGACUGACAUUGAGAACUAUGUGCUGGUGUACAAGGACCAUAGUGGGCAGCAGAAGGAGCUGAUCCUCGAUGCAGAGGAUACUUGGAUUCGACUAGAGGGUCUGUCCGAAACAACAGAGUACUCCCUGAGACUGCAGUCGGCGUUUGGCACCAUGAGGAGCACAACAGAGCACACCUCCUUCACUACAGCCGGACGCCUUUAUCCGUACCCUUGGGACUGUACACAACACCUACUUAAUGGAGACACCAUCAGUGGCAUCUACACCAUCUACCUAAAUGGAGAGCCACAGCAAAGCAUGCAGGUCUACUGUGACAUGACCACUGAUAAUGGCGGAUGGCUCGUGCUCCAGAGGCGGCAGAAUGGACUGACAGACUUUGCACGCAAGUGGACUGAUUAUCGAGUGGGCUUUGGAAAUCUAGAGGAUGAAUUCUGGCUAGGGUUGGACAACAUUCACAAGAUCUCUGCCCAAACCAGAUAUGAGUUGCGAAUCGAUCUCCGUGAUGGCCGUGAAUCAGUCUAUGCAACGUAUGAUCGGUUCUACUUGAGUGAUGCCCGGAACCUGUACAAGCUGAGGAUUGGAGAUUACAGUGGGACAGCUGGGGACUCCCUCUCCUAUCACCAGGGACGCCCAUUUUCCACCAAGGACCGGGACAAUGACGUGGCAAUCACAAACUGUGCCUUGUCUUACAAGGGAGCCUGGUGGUAUAAGAACUGUCACCGUGCUAAUCUCAAUGGAAAAUACGGGGAGAAUCGCCACAGUCAGGGUAUAAACUGGUUCAGCUGGAGAGGUCACGAACUGUCCAUUCCAUUUGUUGAGAUGAAGGUGCGGUCCUUCAACUUCAGAGCAAUGAUGUGGAGAGGCAACCACUCCCUGCCUUUACAAUGAGCUUGCUUGGAAACUAGCUGUAGUCUGAACUGAAGGGUGUGAGUGCCAACACUCAGAAAAUGAUUCGUCACAGUUAGAGACCCGUUCCACCGAAGACUGACAAACAGGAACAACCGACCAUUUUAUAUUCACACCGAGACUUGCCAGGUCCAAGUCCAAAGAUUUGCUGAUGAAAUGACCCCCACACCCCUGUGACGGGCUGAGGACAUUCCCAAUAUCCUUUACCUGAGGCUCAGCUGGAAUGUUUCAGCAAGGCUCACCCUCUGGAUGUUUGGGAUUCCUUUGGAGCUGGCCCCUUUCUCUCCCUCUCACUCUGUGCAGUGCUCCAUACACCAUUCACAAUGACCCAUCUAUACUCGCCCAGCACAAACAGAUAUCCCUCCCCUGCCUUCUGCUUCUUUACAUUGUGCCCUGGGUCAUUGCAUUUUGAAAGCACCAGAGUAAAAGAAACACCGUGCAGUUUCCUGGAGCAGGCAACGUUUGACCUUCCAUGAAAACAGCAAAGGGGUACAGGCCUCCCAGAGACUUGCUCCAGGGACUGUUACUGGGAGCUGCGACAGGGAAACUCACCCAGGGACUUGGGAGUUGAGUUCAGGGCCACUGAGGAGACUUAGCAUAAAGAUAUAGGUCUCAUUCAGCAGCAAGAGGUGACAGGGGAGAGGGAGCAGGGAGAAAGGAGAGCAAGAGUUAACAGAGGAGAGCAAAAUCAAUGGGUUUAUACAUUGAAAUGUUUUGGUGCAACAGGCCAGCAAGUUGAAUUUACCUGCGACACACUGGUUCAUGUACACAGCUCUCCCUGUGUCACACCCGUUAGCAUGCACAGCUCUCCCUGUGACACACUGAUCAAUGUACGCAGCUCUCCCUGUGACACACUGAUCAAUGUACGCAGCUCUCCCUGUGACACACUGAUCAAUGUACGCAGCUCUCCCUGUGACACACUGAUCAAUGUACACAGCUCUCCCUAUGUCACACUGAUCAAUGUACACAGCUCUCCCUAUGUCACACUGAUCAAUGUACACAGC